AUGGCUGGUUAUGCUACUACUCCCGAUCCCGUGCGGACACUUCAGGAGGAAGCGGUGUGUGCAAUCUGCCUGGAUUACUUCAAGGAUCCUGUGUCCAUCGGCUGUGGGCACAACUGCCGAGGGUGUGUGGCCCAGCUGUGGGGUAAGGAGGAUAAGGAAGGCCAGGACGAGGAGGAACAUGAGUGGGAGGAAGAAGACGACGAGGAGGCGGUGGGGGCAUUGGUGGAUGGGAAUACUACUUUUCGAGAGGUGGUGUAUGGGAGGAAUGCUGACGAGUUGUUCCAAGACCAAAAGGAUGAUGAACUCUGGGUCGGUGACCGUGGCGUAAGGAAUUGGGACAACGUGGAUGUGUGGGAUCAAGAGAAAGAAGAGCAGGAAGACCUAGGAGGCUUGAGACAUGACCUGAGAAUUGAUGUGUACCUAGAAGAAGGGAUAUUGGAAGAAAACAACGAGGAGGAGGACGAACAGCUGUAUCCUGAUCCCCGCCUCCCCCUCCCUGGCAGCUCACCUGCCCCCCAGUGCCGAAAGAGCUUUACACGUCGCAGUUUCGGUCUCAACUUGCAGCUGGCCAACGCGGUCCAGAUAAUUCGCCAAAUGUGCCCCAUUCCUUAUCGAGGGAGGUGGGGUAAUGAUCAGGGCAUGUGUGCCAGACACCAGGAAGGCCUACUCUUCUGUGAGGUGGACAAAGAGGCUAUCUCUGUGGUGUGCCGAGAAUCCAGGAGCCAACAGCACAGUGUGGUGCCACUGGAGGAGGUGGUCCAGGAGUACAAGAAGAUAGGGUCAAUUUCUUCAGUUGCAUUAUCUGAAAGUGUUGGGCAGUGA